GCCGUUUGACAUAAUCGAAUUUUCAAUGAUUUUCAACGUAUUAAGGGCGGAGGACUAUUCAUAUACUGAAAAAGAAAACGGCCAUUAUAAGUUUAUUGAGAAAAGUUACUAAAAAAUUAUACAAGAUUACCGAAAAAGUUAAAAAAUUCCAUACCAUUUGUGAGCAAUCUCAGCAAUAGUGUGAAAAUUGAUGGAAAAAAGGUUGAAGCCAAUUUCUGUUUUAUUGUUAUACAUAAAAUUUUUUCAUCACAAGUGUAUUUUUUCGGUAUUUUAUUAUCAAAAAGUUAAAUAGACCUUUUAAUAGAAAAAGUUCCAAAAAAAGGAAAAGAAAACCAAAAUUUUGAUAAAUUGUCCAUCAAAAAGUUAAAAAAUAGAUAUAUAUCAAAGUGAUGAUAGCCAAGUGAAAAUGUGAAAAAAUUUGGGUUCCACAUUAUUAUGUAUGACCUGUUUCCGAAGGAACACACGUAAUAUUGUAUGAUUUUCAACGAGUCAAUGGUCCGAAUCCUACGAAACCGUUCAGUUCUUAUAAGAAAUGCCUUAAAUAGUUUGCCAAAAACAAUCAGAAAUACCAAACACCCAACGUAAUGCUUAGCUUUUUAUUAUUUGAAUGAGUGAAAAAUCGAUAAAAGUUGCUGUAUUCUUCUUCUCCAUUCAAAAUUCGUGUGCGGGGCGUCUAUUACCCAGCAGUCGUCAGCAACCACCCCUUCAUGUCCGUCGAAUAACAACCGCUAUAGCAAAAACAAAAUAAACAAACGUAAUACUACCGUUAAUAAACCAAAUCAACCACCCUCUCUCACAUUGUCGGUAAAAUUGCAUUUGAGGUAAAUAGAGGAAACGAGCCGAGAGCCGAACGAAAACAUCUGAUUAAAAAAAUAAAAGAGAAUAAAAAAAAACAUAGCCUUAUUCAGCUAGCUAGCCAGUCAGGCAAACAAAACGAAAAAGUAAACAAAACAAAUAUUCGAGAUAAAAAUCACGAUCUGUUAUUUGUGCCAGUGUGUGAUACAAAAAAGGAAAUAAAAUUUAAAUCGGAUUUUUUUGGAUCGUUCGUUUUAAACGUUGCAGCGCACGGAUGUCAAGCAAUUCUUCAAAAAUAUGCAAACCCUAAGAAAGAAAACGAGCCCCUGUAAAUAUCGCAAUGAUCCGGGGCGUUUCUUUGGCGAUGGUGUGCAAUUCAAGGCGAAACUUAUUGGCAUACUGGAGGUGGGCGAAGCACGUGGCGAUCGUAUGUGUCAAGAGGCCUUACAAGACUUAAAAAUGGCUAUUCGGGCCGCCGGCGAGCAUAAGCAACGCAUCACAAUUCAUGUAACCAUAGAUGGCCUGCGUUUGCGUGAUGAAAAAACUGGAGAUUCAUUGUAUCAUCAUCCUGUUCACAAGAUCUCGUUUAUUGCCCAAGAUAUGACCGAUUCGCGGGCGUUUGGUUACAUAUUUGGAUCUCCCGAUAGUGGCCACAGAUUUUUCGGUAUUAAAACCGAUAAGGCAGCUUCACAGGUGGUGCUGGCCAUGCGUGAUCUAUUUCAAGUUGUUUUCGAACUGAAGAAAAAGGAAAUCGAAUUGGCCCGUCAGCAGAUACAAUCCAAGUCGAUACAUCAUCAUGAUCAGCAUCAGCUGGCAUCGUUGUCAUCGCUGAAGAGCGCAGCAACCAUUGCCGGACAGAAUGAUUUGUCUGGUCUAGGUGGGGGAUCUAGUAAUUCGGCGGCCACUCUUAGCAUGCUAAAUAAUAUGGCUAGUAGUUCAACAAAUACUCCUUCCAAUAAUCGCCUAGGUGUAAAUUUGGAUUCCAAAGGAAUUUCCAAAGAGAUUUCUCCAGAAUCGGUUGCCGAUUUGGUUGAUUUAGAACAAGAGCUUAGUUCGCUACAAAGGGGUAUUAAUCAAAUGGAACGCAUAACCCCCAAUGAUGGUGCAGCAUCAAAGUCUUCUAUAGGUGGCAAUGAUGAUCCUUUUGGGGAUUCAUUUACAAAUUUUCCGACCUUACCACCGCCUGAACCAGGACGCUCGCGCAGUAAAACAUCGACCAAAAGCAUUGAUUUAUCUACAACCGCCAAUGCCGCUACCUCGUCGUCGUUACUGUCACCCUCGGCAACACAGACACGGCAAUCGCCAGAUUCUUCGACGGGCAUUUGUUCCAUGGUACCUCCUCUACAACCAAUGGAUGACGAUGAUAAUUGGCUGCGUGAAUUGGAUGCCCACAAUGAUGUUUUUGAUACCUCGAAAACUAUGAUGCCAGGUCUAAUGGGCAUGCCGCCAUUGGCAUCAUCUUUGUCCAGUAGUGUUCCUCUCACUGGCACAAGGGCGCCACUGGCCACCAGAGAAUCUACUGCAACUCCUCCCAAUCACAUAUAUGAGACCGUAUCGUGUUCCGCUCCAUCAGCUAUGCCCGAUAUGAAUGAAUUGGGAAAUGUCGCCAAUAGUACCACAACAAAUGCCGCCGAUGCAAAUAGCAUUGCCAAUAGUCCUAGCCUAACUGAUAUUUUCCAAACUGCUGCGGCAACGGCAACAGGAGAAACAUCGUCCAAAGUAGAAAUCAAAUCCGAUGCAUUUACCGAUUUGGAUCCAUUAGGUACUGGUCGCAUACGGCCAUAUGUCGAUAAGAAAUAUUUUUUCCAAGAGCUUAAAAAUCCACCAAAAAAAGUUUUGAAAGAUCUCACAGCUAACACUUCCGUAACAUCGUCGUCCUCAUCGUCAUCGUUAAUGAUUGCGACAACAACGCCGCAAGCUGCUAAUGUAACAGUAGCGGCGACAGCCCCAGCAACAGCUGCCACCAAUAUCGCUAAGUCACAUGCAUAUGCCACCACAGCAACAGCAACAGCAACAACAUCAGCAACAGCAACGGCCUCGGCUAUCUUUUCAAUGGGCGAAACACAAAAAUCUUAUCAUAAUAAUUUAUUGCAAUCGUCAGUUACAGAUGAAAUAUUGAACCUGCAGGAUUUCGAUAUGAGGCCAACUACAUCUCAGCUAACCUCAGCAAUGUUACUAACAAGCUCGUCUACCAUUAAUUCCCUACUAACAACCGUAACAACAACAACCGCAUCUGCAUCUGCCUCAGUGACAGCCCCAUCUCUUUUGACCACAGAACCGCUGGCAGCAUCAGUGUCUGGAACAACAGCAUCAGAUCCUGUUAUGUUGCCGCGUGAUACAGAUCCUUUUUCGCCUACACGAAAGAAGAGUGAUCCCUUUGAAGAAGGUGGCGAUAUUUUCUCAAAAUUGGAUCCCUUCGAGUUUGAGUUCAAUGGUACCGAGCAUAGUGUGACAGAGAAGUCAAGAAAGUCCACCUCCGAUUCGAUGCCUUCACCCAAGCUGGGGGGAGAUGCCGCCCCCGCAUCUCAAGAUCUGUUGGCUGGUCAUUUGCAAGUAAGCUUGCCGCCAGAGGGUGGCGCUGCCAGCGGCAGUGGUUUUGGCGAAGUGACUCAAACACAGAGCACCAUACGUUCACGUCCGGUUCCCUCAUCUGCAAUGGCCUCGGGAAGUGCUUCGCUGGGAGGAGUUCCCGCACAAUUACCACCUGCCUCCUUGUUGAAGCAGCAAACGGUGGAUGUCAUUUCAAGCAUUUCCAACAAAAAGAUGCCUCACCUGUUUGGCCAAUCCUCUCGAUUUCCCAAAAGGGAUUCCAACUCCAUAAAUAUGCGCCGUUUGCAGGAAUCCGACUCGCUGAGUGAGACUGAGACGGCUCCGGAGCCUCCGCCGCGCCCCGACUCUGCCACCUAUUCUGAGCCACCUCCUUUGCCGCCCAAAAAACAAUUCAAUGAUAUUGUGAUUAGGCCAAGGGCCGGAACAUCGUCGACAGCAGCAUACUCUUCGAGUCGCUAUGAAAGUGUCAACUCUGGCUUGGCUUCAAAGUUGGGAGCGACAUCGCGUACUCCUCCCAUGAGCAGUGGAGCAGCAGAUGUGCCUCCAAUUCCAUUGCCCUCGCGAAGAGUGGGUCGUUCUGAUGGUUCAUAUCCUGGGCCCGGAAGACCUCGGAAGCCAGGGCACACCGAGGACGAUUAUCUAGCACCUUUGUCUGGGUCUUCUGCUUCAGCCAAUAUAGGGGUUUUACAUAAUCCAGAUGUGCCACCAUUGUUGCCUCCACCAACGCAAAGCUCAACAAGGACACGAACUAAUCGCCAGCAAUCAUUCCAUCAGUCAAGCAAAUCACACGAUAUUUACGAAAACAAAAACGAAAUUUUGCAACAGCAAAAGCAGCUGCAGCAGCAACAACAACAAAAACAGCAGCAGCAGUUGCAUACCAAUCCAUCCGAAGCCGCUCCUCUGGUACCAGACAUUACCCUUAGCCAACUUUUAACCCUGGGCAUUGAUGAGCUUUCAACUAAACUAAAUGUACCCACAUCGAAGCUUUCGACCAUGACGCUUGUGGAAUUGACCUCAUAUCUGGCGGAAUUCCUUGAGCAAUCUAAACCCGAGCCUAAACCAAAAAUAUCCGAUCAACAGACCAUAUUCAAGGUUAACUUUGAUCAGGAAGCUACUUUUGUGGCCAAAUUUGAUGACACCUUUGGCGAGGAUUUCCAGCAGCCAGCUGCGUCCGCUGCAUUUGAAGCCAACUUUGCCCAAUUUGAUCAAGUAAAUGUGGAACCACCUGCCGCGGCCCAACAGAGUUCUUCGGUGCCACCGGCUGAUCGUUAUGCUGUUUUUAGAGAAAUCAUUGACCAGGAACUGCAGCAGCAGCAGGAGUCGGUUGAUCUCAUUGGCGAUGUCAUGGAGGCAGACGAAACACAGCCAAGGCAGGAGCAACAAUUCGAGAGCAACAUUGCACUUAGCACAGAUCUCGAUAUGGCUGCAGCUUCUCAAGAUCUCUUGAGUGGUGACAUGCCUGAAAUCGGUACACAUCAGCCCACGAAAAUCGAUACGAAAAUAUCGGAAGUUUUAGCCCAAGCUAAAGAUCGCUAUGCCGCCUUAAGGGAUUUAAUUUUGGUGGAAAAUCUCUUCGAUAAUCCAGCUCCCCAGCAUAGUGAAGUCGCAGACAUAUCGGACCAUGGUCAUUCGGAAUCCAAAUCACCUUUUCAUGGGUUUUCCGGCUUCAAUGACGAUGACGAGGAUCAAGAUUUAAAACAACUUAUGGAUCAGAGCGUGCAUUUGGAUGCCACCACUCAACAACAGAGACUGGGUUUGGUCGAUAGUCGUGGCUUCUUGGUGGAGCCCUCCUCUUCCGCCAUCACCGUGGAAGAUGAUGAGGAGGACGAUGAGCGUCGGGCCGGCAGAGAGGAUAAAGAUUAUCAGGGUGGCGCUAGCAGCGCCGACAGCAAUGACAAGGAUAACGAUAAGGACAACUUGACCAUUGCAACCUCAACGUAUGAACAACUAGCCAAUUCCAAUCAACAACUGGAAGAAAUCGGAGAAAAGCCUGAUAAAAUCGAAGAUACUCCAAAGAUAAGCAUCACUCAAAGUCUAACCAUCACUAACGAAAACAACUAUUUGUCGACGGGUAGUGUGGUAUCUUCGGCUCUGUCGGGCUCCAAGGAUGAUCUGGAAAUUGACGACUUAAUGCAGAGAGCUAUAUCAAAUCUUUCCCUCGACUCCAGGGAGCGAAAUUCGCCGGCAAUUUCAGCAAAUCUCCUAAGCACUACCUCUGGCCAACCUCAAGUAACGAAUACGGCCACCACAACAAUGACUCCACAGCACUUCAAUGAUGUUAGCACUUCGCCAAUUCCUAUGCCAAAGUCGCCGGCCGCUUCUAUAACAACGCAAGCGAAGUCGCCUAACAACAGCAGCAAAUCGCCCCAGCAAAUAUCACCAUUGCCCAGCCAUUUGAAUGUCGUAUCGCAAAUCAUUGACGCAGCAACGAGACAAAUGCAAACCGAUACUGUAUCGAAAACUUCGAAUGAAUCUUGGGCCACAUUUGAUACGCCACAACAUCAGCCGCCUGCGCCGCCGCCAGUGUCUUCAGAUAAGCGAGCUAGACCUUCUGCCAAGGCCUUGGCCAAAUCGAAUAAUUUCCUCAAUUUGCCACCACCGCCCGGUUCAACAUCAAAUUGUUCGCAAAACGAUAGUGCUUUGGAAUCACCCUGCUCUUCGGAUCCACGAGAUGAAGGAUGGCAUAAGCGUGCAAUGGGUGGCAGCAGUUUAUCAUUGGGUCACCAUUCAGCUGUUGGCAGUACAUCGGGCCAGAGACGCUAUCACAAGAAGGAACGUCAAAACACAUCGUCCUCCUCCAGAGAUCUUAGCUGGGAUGAAGACCAAGGCGUUGUGGGCAGUGGUCAUAUGAUGGAUUAUGCACAGGGUAAACGUGUGUCUGGACCUUCUCAGGGCAGUCUAACUACCGAACGCCUAGGUUACUAUAGGCGGCAUGCGAGACGCAUGAAUUCAUGCGAUGAGGAUUACGAAUAUGAACAAGAUUUCUCCAGCGGUCGCAGCAGAGAUCCUUGCAAACACAAACGGAAUAUAUCCAAAAGUCGGGACAAUUUUGAUAUGGAUUCGCCCGGCUGGUACCACCACCACGGUGGACCAUCGCAUCCUUCGCAUCAUACUUGGUCUUCACAAGAAAUUGAACAAGCUCGCGGUCGAUCAUUUGAUCGUUCCGCCUAUGAACGUACAACGUAUGGACCUCCCAUAUAUGAUAAGAGAGGUGUUGGACCGCCAUUGCCACCCACUUCCAGCUAUGAUCGUCGCUCGGUUACCAGUGGUGGUUAUGAGAAACGUAACAAAUAUUACCGUGGAGAUGCGGGUGUGCGGCAGCCAAAUAGCGAGCAUUUGUAUAGUUUAGAUGAUUUUGAUGAAAUGUUGGCAGCCACAGGUAAAAUACCACCGCAUCUGGCUGCCAUGUAUGAGGAAAUGAAGUCUGAUUGCUGUUCACCUCAAAUGGGUGGACAUCGUCAACGCACCUCUGACUAUAUGUAUGAACGUGAUCGUAAAUCCUUUGACCGCGAGAGUCUGGAAUCGUAUGAGGGUUCACAUGCACCGACACGUCGGCGCAGACGUAGCUAUGACAGUGGAGGCAUGCCAUCAGAUCCCUAUGGCAGUUGCGACAGUCGCGAUGAAUACAAUCGCGAUCGCUGCUUUAUGACGGCCGAAAAGAGUCGUUCUCUGCGAAAAUCCCUAAAAUCCCUGCGAGUGUCUGGUGAUAUCGACUAUGAUCAGGAUUCCGAAAAGGAGUAUCAUUAUCGGGAGCAAAGAGCGCGUUGUGAUACUAGAAGCUUACAAAGACCUAGUCAAUUAUCCACCCAAGGCGGAGCAGGUGGAAUUGGAGCGAUAAAUACAUUAGGUUCACAAUCUCGUAUUCGUAAGAGCAGUGGUUCUAGCCCCUGGGAUGGGGAAGAGCCUCCUAUGCCAGGACAAAAGGUGUCUUCAUCUUCUUGGAAACGACCUUCCAGCGCCGCAGAUGCAGAACGUCGUUUGGCCGAAAGCCGCAGAGCAGCUGCAGUAAAGGGACAAACGCCUUCAGGUUCAGAGGACGACAAGGAUCGAAGAUAUCGCAAGAAACGAGGUUUACGUGGUAAAGAUCUGACCACAAUUCCUGGCAGUGCUGGAAGAUAUCGAGACGCCCCGCCGCCCAUGCGUAGCAGUAAUUAUGAUUACAUAGGCGAUCUUGAUGAUGAUGCCGAAGACUAUGUGGACGAAGAGGAGGAGGAGGAGGAAGAUCGUGGCAUUGGUGAUGAUGAAAUUUCGCCCGCAGAUGAAGAUAAAUUUGCCCGUUUGGAAAUGCGGCGUCAUGAAAUGCAUAACCGAAUGAUGGAUACCCAUGUGCGUCGGCGAAAGGAUGCUGCUCCGCCUCAAAGCCAAAUAAUGCCCAUGGCUUAUCGUAAAAAUGCCCCUGGCCCAUAUGGAAGAAAACCUCUACCGCCUGCAGAAAGUAAACACCAUGCCCAGGAUUACGGCUACGAUGAUGAUGGCGAUUACGAGCAGACACCAACGCCCAGAUCGAAUACCAGCAGCGCUUUGCCCACAGCCACUCCAAAUACUUCAACCAAAUUUAGUUUUGAUGUGGGAUUUGAAUCAGACUUUAACCAAACUUCACCACCGCCCGCGCCAGCGGGUACUGCAUCCAGCUGCAAUUCAACACCAGCAGCCAAUGUUAGUGCGGCCAAUACGCCAGCUUCAAAGUCAUCAUUUCGAUUUUCUAACGAUUUCUCAUCGGGUCUUGAGAGGGAGAAGCAGCAUUUUCAACAUUCAGCCGCCGCCGGUAGCUUGCAGCAAUACGAUCUGGAAAAUCGAGGCAUCUCGCCACAGGCAGCGGCGCCAACACAGGUCAGUACGCCAAAACUUCGUUUUGAUGACAAUGUAAAAGUGUCGCAGUUCGAUGAUGCCUUCGAAGAUGACUUCUCAAAGACCAGUUUUGAUGCCUUCGAAAAUGAUGAUCAGUGGCAAGAAUCCUUGCAGCGAACUGCCAAACAGCAAAUGCGCAACAAUAAAUUGCAGCAGCGUCAGCAGGAACUCAUCAAAAAAUCCGAAUCCAUAAAUAUUUUCGCCAAGAAGGUUGAGGACCCAUUCGAAGAUGAUGACUUCUUUAAUAGUCCCGGCACACAGACGCAAAACUCAGCAUCUGGUGAUAAACAGGACAAUGGUGGAAGCGGCGGCGGCAGCAGCAAGACCUCAAACAAUGGCAAUAGCUUCCAUCCACCAAGCUGGGAUGACAACAAUACAAAUUUUGCUAAGUUCGAUGAAAAUAUGUGAUUUGAUAACUUCGUGAAUAACAAAUGCAAUAUAACAGUUUCCAAGCUGCACUCUGGUGGCGAUGAUGGCGAAAAGUGGGUUGGUGAUGGUGACGACGGCGAUGACGACGACAUGGAUGACUAUAAUCACUAUGCCGAGAUAGAUGUUUUAGCUUCCAAUGACUACUAUUACAUAACAAAUCUAAAUCACUACUAUGAGCAGCAGCAUAAUUUAAAGAGUUUGCGCAAAUCUACGCAUCAGUGCCAUCAUAAUAGGUAUUACCAACAUUACCAGCGUCGUGAUUGCGAUUCAUCAUCGUCCUCAUCCUCAUCGCCGAACAAUCGAAAUAUAUUUCUAUCGAAUCGUUCGACAUCGGUGUUUACUCAGUGCCAUACACAAUCGAAGUUGGGAAAAUCUCGUUACUACCAGCACCAGUCUUACCAACCACAGCCACACCAACAACAGCAUAAUAAUCUGGUCACAGGUCAUAGAACGGGACUUGCCGCAGUUGAUUUAAAAAAUACCAACAACAUUCUACGCAAUACUCAAAAACGAUGUCGACGUAAAUUAUUUGCCUUUAAUUUUAUGCUAAAAAAUUUAAUAACAUAUCGUUUUAAAUAUGACAUUCUCUAGGUCAAACAGUAUUCACAUUUCCCCAGAGACUUUGAAGGACUUAUCUCUUUGAAAUUCGCCAUCAAUUCGACUGUUAUUUCACUGGUAGAGAAGUUGUGAGUUGCCCAAGUGUUGCUACUGCAGGAUUCCAAUACCAUACAAAACGUUUGUAUUGUAAUUUUAUAACAUUUCCAUUGAAAAUGUUACCAAAAAAACAUCUUUCUCACAUACCAUGGUGGUAAAAGACUGGUUCUAUGGCCAAACAUGUUCAUAGCUUCUUUUCAACGUUUUACUGUCAAGUUUCGGUGUUUAUUUCCAUUUGCCAUUGAUAAUUUCAUGGAAAAUACGGUUGUUGUUAUAGCAGUUUGUUGUGUUCUAUCUUUCGUCUGUUUGAUUCUGUUGAGCGUCAAGAUCCAGAAACUCUGCGAUUAAGAUGGGGUGCGUCCAGAGGGAUCUGGGCCUGGGUCGAGUGGGUCUCGCUGGGCAGUUAAACAGGUGACGUGCAUCGUGUGGAUCCUGGUCACAUCUUCCACGUCGGCAUUAAUGCUUGGUCAGUAGGAGUUAAGGUGGCUGCAUCUGCGAGAACGGAAUUGAGCCCGAACUACUCUGGUUUGCCGGGGGAGGUCAAUUUCUUCGGGGGCAAUGGGAGGCGGUCUUUUUCCAAGGACCGCAUUCACCCGAAAGCUAUUUACCGCAUCUGCUACCGUGUUUGCAUGAAUGUUGUCUAGACCCGCCGCUUGAUCUAGGGGUUCUCUUUUGUAGCGCUUAAGGCUUCUGGGCGGUGGAUAUCUAUCCACAAAAUGAUGACUUGGAUGGUCUCUCCGAUAAUAGUCCAAAAGGUAUUGCUUAGACAGCAUGUAUGUAUGUCUUCGCAUAAACCGCCCAAGGGUUUCAAUCCAAAUGUCUUUCUGGCUAAAGUUUCUUCUUUCAUUCUCAUAACUUGAUAACUCAAACAGCUUCAGGUUCAUAUGACCCCAAUAUUCCGAGAUAAUGCAGAUUGGCUCAUAUAUUAAAAGGUAUUUUCCUUUUGAAUACUUAUAACACUGCCUCAUUCGUUUCGGAAAUAGUCAUGCUUCUGCUCUAUAAAGGAACAGUUUCAGUGUCUUGUAGUAGUAUAAGUUUUGCUCUUAGUUGCAUUUAAUGGUCAAUAUAAUUGAAAACAAAACUAAGGCCAUGUGUGGAGGUGCGUGCCAUGAUUAAUAAAGUCAAUAAAUAUUUCAAAACUAUAGUUACCAACAUUCAGGGUGUAUUUGUACCAAGUUUUGCGCUUUUUUUGCGCCUUGAACAUAACCUGGGCAGACCAAGGAUCUACUAAAUUACUAAAUUUCCCAUGAACAUUCCAUUAAGAAACAGAAGGUACUUCUCUCAUAUCAAUGAGUGCAGUCCGAUUAAUGUCUAAGCUCAAUGAUAAGGGACCUUCUUUCUAUAGCCGGGACCUAAUGGAGUUUCGCAGUGCGACACCUCUUUGAGGAGAGUUUUUACAUGGCUGCAAUACCAAAUGGCACACUACCUCACAAAUGUAGCCAGCAUUAGUAAAGGGAUAAACACCGCCAAAAAUUAUUCUGAUGUUCACGCCGGGAUUUUAACCGUUUGGCGUCAUAGGCUAACCUCUGCGCCACGGUAGCCUCUAAGGAUUCUACGAGUUAGAAUGUUAAAUUUGGUAAGACAAACUAGUAAUUAGUUGUGCUAUCUCAGGAGCAGUAGAAGAAAGAUUCCUUCUAGGUCCGUUGAAACAGCCAGAUUGCUUUUAAAGCCAAUUCGGGACACGUACACAUCUGGUUGUUGUUGUAGCCACAUUUGCAUGUGGAGGUGGCUAUUCUCGUCAAGAUCAUCUAGGUGAGCAGGCUCGUUCCGGUCCAAAGGACCGAUCGCCGCGGAAACAGGGUGACCAUUUGUUAAAGAUGCCAAUAACUCACCUUAUCAUGGCGAGCAUCAUAGGCACUCAGAAUUUAAGCAAGAGACAGUGCCAUUCGACCUCUCUCUAAGACUCUCCGCUCGAUACACCAUACAUACAGUGAUCUGUUACGACUGGCACGAUGAGUGGACCUCUGUUUUAGCUAAAGUGGUAGAACCCUUCAAGUUUAUAUUGGAGCGUUCUCUAAAGGUCAAUGAAUGACAGAAGAUAGGCCUUAUCGCGAAGAACUAGUCAACAUGUAGCUAAAGACAAACUCUCUGUGGCCCGGCACCCUCGUUGAGAGAUCUCCGACAGUUGAAGGGGAUUUUUGACGCAAACAGCAAUAACUUUGAAAAUGAAAUUCUGCUUUCGGCAUUAACUUAGAUAACUCUCAUUUAUCUAUUCUCACAAGCGCCACCCACCGAUCUAUCCAUGGAAUGCAACAUUUUUAUCUAUAUAAAGGGUGAUUUUUUAAGAGCUAUAGGAAAGUUUUUCGAAAAAAAGAUACAUAAAAUCAGAAAAAUGCAUAAAAUCUAAUGUUUGAUAAUGUUCGAAAAUUAUUUCAUGCAAAUUUAGACCUAGGCUGGGCCUCAAAGGGUCCAUCCGCUUUGUCCCAUUUUGGCAUACUCUUUCCAACAUUUCGGCCGGUAUCUCACGAAUAAAUGCUACAAUGUUGUCUUCUAAUGUGUCAAUUGAAGCGGGCUUGUCUGCAUACACAUGAGCUUUAAUAGUGCCCCACAAAAAAUAGUCUGAAGGCUCUAAAUCGCACGAUCUAGGCGGUCAAUCGACCGGUCCCGAACGUGAAAUAAAAUGUUCACCGAACUCGCCUCUCAAUAAGUCCAUUGUUACGCGUGCUGUGUGGCAUGUGGCACCGUCUUGUUGAAACCACAUGUCAUGCAAGUCAAGCUCUUGCAUUUUGGGCAAAAAAAAAAAUAGUUGGAUAUCAUCUUACGAUAGCGCUCACCAUUUACAGUUACGAUACGAUUCGCAUCAUCUUUGAAGAAGUACGGUCCAAUGAUGGCAUCAGCCCACAAACCGUACCAAACUGUGACUUUUUCUGCAUGCAUUGCCAGCUCUUGCAAUGCUUCUGCCUGAUCUUCACUCCAAAAUCGAUAAAUUUGAUUACUUACGUACCCAUUGAGCCAAAAAUUUGCUUCGUCGCUGAACACAAUUUGAACCCGAUGAACUUUCCAAACAGAGCACUCAUUUUGAUAAUAAAAUUCAAUAAUUUGCAAGCGUUA